AUGGCUCCCUUUUCGGGGCCUUCCCAACAGUCGAGCGAUGAAGUUUAUCGUUACACCAACACACUUCACCUCAUCAAUUCCGCUCCAAGAAACCAGCUUCCACGAGGCCAAAGAUAUGACAUGUCUCUACUCGGCAGGCUUCUUUCAUCUCGACGGCGCUAUGUUGCAAAUCUUCGCAACUUUCUGAUCUUCCUGGUUGCCAUUUUCAUACUAAACAAUACUCGACCCUGGUCUCGAUCAAAACCGGAGCCAGACCAUAGCACAUCAGCCGCUCGAGAUACAUUUUCCGAGAACGGAGGACUUCGUUGUAGAGAUCUUCCAGGCGCAAAUGACACUGUUGUCGUCCUCAAGACGGGAGUGACGGAGUUCGAACACAAGCUUCCGGUUCACAUUGAUACAACUUUGAGAUGCUAUCCGAACUAUCUCAUCUUCAGCGACCAUGCGGAAACUUUCAGAGGAGUCGAAAUUAUUGACUCUCUGGAGCCAGUGUCUCCGAAGAUGAAGUAUGAGCAUUCUGACUUUGAGUUUUACCUACGAGUGCAGGAGAGUGGUCGGGCUGCACUGAAGCAGAAUGAACUCAGCAACAAGGCUGGUUUUAAUCGGCAUCCCAAUGAUGUUGAUAAGAUGGGUAUGGGAGGAUGGCGCUUGGAUAAGUGGAAGUUCCUACCAAUGUACAACCACACAUACCAUCUCUAUCCAGGCAAAAAGUGGUAUGUCUUCAUCGAAGCGGAUACUUACAUGUUCUGGUCAAACAUGCUCAAGUACCAAGCAUCCAUGGAUCAUACGAAGCCCAUAUAUGCCGGAGCGGAUCUCUUCAUUGACUGGACUUUAUUUGCCCAUGGAGGUGCCGGCAUUCUGGUUUCUCAAGCUGCGAUGAAACUCUUCGUUGAUGAGUACCUGGUGCACUCUGAGGACUGGGAAUUUUUCACGGAGCGCCACUGGGCUGGUGACAUAGUUCUGGGCCGUGCUUUUAAUGCCGCAGGAGUGCAUCUCCUCCCGGCCUGGCCUCACUUCCAUCCUCAUGCUCCUGGAAAUGACACAUAUUACUGGGCAGACGAUGACCGUCGUUUCUGGUGCUACCCUGCGAUAUCAUAUCACCACGUAACGCCAGAGGUCGUGGGAGAUCUCUGGCGAUUCGAGCAGGAAUGGAUAGAGUCGGAGUAUCGAUCUGGGAGUCAAUCUGGAGGAAAAGAAGCUUCUCUGGCCGUUGAUUCGGGUCAGCUAGCAUUGAAACGCCGAGAGAUUUUCAUCAAUUAUAUCCAUGGCAAAAUGAGGCACACUCAGMACCAAUGGGACAACAACUGUCUCGACGAUUACGGCAUUUUGCCCUCUAUGGAUGCAUGCCGCGCCCUCUGCGAGACGGUAGAAAGAUGUCUACAGUGGCGAUUUGACUCGACUACGAGCAGAUGCCACUUGAAUGGCGAGGCUCGAUGGGGUGAUGCUGCACCAAAUACAGGAUACAUCUCAGGCUGGAUGUACGAGCGAGUAGAAGCAUGGAUCGCGGAACAGGUUCCUUGUGGAAAAGAAAGUUGGGUGACAGAGUGA